GAUAUACACAAGGAUAACAAUGGCUGACUCGAAUGUUCUGAAGAUUCACUGGACAUCAACCAAAUAAGAAAAUAGCUAUAUGACUGACGAAAACGGCAUCUUUAUACAAGAUGGCUGUACAUGUACCUCUGUCUGCAGGCUUGCUAUCAAUUCCUAGCUGUAGUUUUCAUACUUGGUCUUCAAACAUAUAUACCACAGGACAACAAUCUAUGAUUCUAUCACCGAUGUUCGUGUAUGACCCACUCCCAUACAUUUUUUUGUAGGUCGUUAACAAGGACGAUUCUGAUUGGUCGAUAUCAAUUCUUUGAAAGGUCAGCUGUAAAAAGGUCACAAAAGUGAAACGAGUAUACCAUGAGUGACAGAUCUUCGACGAGCACACGAGUUUCGAUAGAUCUGUUUAAUCAGAUUGAAAAUGAAGAAGAGUCUCGCGCACCUAUCACAGUAAUUAGUCGAAUUGCUGGUCCUAGUAGUGAAGAUGAAGGGUCGACUGACUCAGAGGAAGAUCUACAAAAAUUAACAAGCCAGGAGAUAAACUUAGCCUCUCCUUUCAAUGAACAAAACAUCGCAUUGGUUUUUGGUGAAAGUAAGCUGUAUGUACAAAAGGAGCAUCUUAUAGCCGUGUCGCCUGUGUUUGAGACAAUGUUUAGUUCUAAGUUUUUGGAAGGAUCGUUAAAAGAAAUACCCUUACCUAAUAAAAAACUAAGUCAUUUUGUUCAUUUCCUACGUUAUCUGUCUCCAGGAUUCGAUGAUGAACUUACAGAAGCCACUGUUCAUCACAUGUUGCAUUUAGCUGACGAAUAUCAAACUGAUGAUUUAAAGAAAAGGAUUGACGAGUUUCUUGUCCGACAAGUUUACUUCAAAUCAGAUUCGAUCACAUCAGAACAAAUUAUCGUAAAAAUUCUUGAAGCGGAAAAGUACAAAGUAAAUGGCUACCUGAAUGAAUGCAUUGCUGUUGCAUCACGGAAAAAAUUUCAUAGCUUGACAAAAAGUCGGAAAUUUGGAGAAAUAUCUCAAAAAACUCAACUUGAAAUUAGUUUCAAACGGUGGGAUGAUAUCGAUAAGAUUUAUGAUAAGGCAGUAAAUGUGAACCCCAAUUUUAUAGCUUGUCAGAAAGCAACUUGUAGUGGUACUGUUAUAGAAGCUAAAAGGGGGCGUGGAGUUCAAAUAACACAUGUUGGCAAACACGUAGGGCCGGUUCCUAUGGUACUAAAACCGAGGCAAUAUGAUAUUGCUAUAACGGAGGUUGGCAAACACUUUAAACCACACAUGCAAGAGAACUAAUUACUGUUUCCGAUCUAAAUGAAUUGAUAUUAUCAGAUUAUUACAUGGCAUUUUUCAUAUCCGAUGUAUUAUCAGCCCAAGGUUCAAUAUCAGCCCAAGAGCCGAAGGGCUUAAUAAAACGAACAUGAAUUAAUAGCAGUUGAUCGGAACUGAAAUACACAUAGUUAAUUUUCUGGGAUUUGAUGUCUUAUCCUGAGACGAGAAAAGUCUGUAAUUCUUUAUCUCAUUUAAGCCAAUAGCUGUUGCUGUAUCUCAGCCGCAUCAUAAAGCAACCAAUCAGAAUCUAUAUGUGAUUAGUAAUUAUUUCAAGAUGGCGUGUAUAUCGAUUGAAACUAAUAGUUCCGCACCGUGAUGCGAGGCAUAUAUAUUGAUCCUCUUAAGUGGUCGUCAAGUAGAAGUUCAAAAAAUGAAAAGUUUACGGACGUCGGACACCAAAUGUAAUAAAUCCGAUAUGAAAUCUUUCUAUCAUAUGCCUCAACAAGGAAGAAAAACAACAGUAUAAAAUAUUUUUAUAUUGACAAUAAAAAAUUUCAACAAAACAUUAUGAACACUGUUUGAAAAAGUCAACAUUUGAAAAGUAACUUUCUAAAUUAUGCUUGAAACUUUGAAAAAUGCAUUUAUUGUAUCAUUUGUUUUUUUGCAUUUUACAUAAUAUAUUUUCCUGUUUCCUAAUAAUUUUUUUGUACCCUACUUUGUAAUGUUUUUCACUGAAAACGUACCAUUGAGGUGUAUUCCGGAAUUUGCCCAGUAACGCCGAAAUGCCAUGCGAUAACGUUACGGAAAGGCAUGUGAUAAUAGUCGGAAGCAUGUGAUAAAUUUUUCAUAUCAGCCCGCUAAACACCAUUUCGGAAAAUAUGGAAUUCACGUAAAUUUAAUGCUAUUAUCAUACUGUAAAAAUUACAAGUUAUUUACUCUGUCGGAUAGGAAAACUGUAGUUGAAGCUUUAAUUUAAUUUAAUAACAAACCAGAGUCGUACGAAGAAGUGACAUGCAAGCCAGUUUGACAAUUGUUCGAAAUUGUCAUUAUGGGACUGUCUGUAAGACGGAAUUUUGACCGUUUCGAAAAAAUGGAACUGGAACUGUUUAUUUCCAUUUAUUUGUGUUUACAAACUAUUAUACAUAAAUAUACUGUACUGAAAUGUACAUGAAAUAUUUGCCACUUACUGUAAAGCAUCCUAAAAUCAAUCAGCCACCAAAUGAAAAUAAACAUACUGAUUUUGAUAUGAGUCUAUUCUGGCUAA